UCAUGACCUUUUAUUCCUCAAAUCUGCCCAGCUCUUUCUUUACCCUUUUAGGGUCUUUGCCUGGAAUGCUCUCCCCUUCCUCAACUCCUAGUCAAUGCCAAUUUAAUUCAGAUUAAAUGUCACUUCCUUUUGGAAGCCUUUGGCUGGGUACCCUUGUAUCUCUUCACAGCAUCACUACUAUCACGUAAAUCUUUAUUUAAAAGUAUUUGGUUGUUUAGGGCUCCCCCAUAGAGAAGUGGCAGUGCCUGAUACAAAGUAAACUCCAAAUAAAUAUUUAUUGGAUGGUUGGAUGGAUGGAAGGAAAGUGAAUUGCACGUGAAUGCGCGCUGUACCUGAAGGCGCUUGGGGAGGACAGUGGGUCACAUCGGCCCUGGAUUUUUAAGGUUACUGGGGUCACGCGCUCCCGCACCACGUGUGAUCAGAGGACACCCUCAGGGCGCUGGUCUGGGACCCGGAAACCGGUCUCCUGGGCGCAGACCUGUGCUUUAGCUUCAGUUCCACGUGACCUGAAUUCCAUAGCUGAUUGGACGCGAGCCGUCCCGCCCCCUAGUCCCGAGGCCCGGAUUGGUUGUCCGCGGGGCCGCCGCCAGGCUGAGAUCGCUGGACCAUGGAGGCGGUGGCGGUGGCUGCGGCUCUGGGGUUCCUGCUUCUGGCCGGGGCGGGCGGCUCGGCCGGGGACGAGGUCCGGGAGGCGGCGGCCGUGCGGGCUCUGCUGACCCGGCUGCUGGGGCCCGGGCCGGCCGCCGCCUUCUCGGUGUCGGUGGAGCGCGCCCUGGCGGCCGAGUCCGGCCUGGACACCUACCGCCUGAGCGGCGGCGGCGCCGGGGCGCGGGUGCAGUUGCUCGGCUCCACCGGCGUAGCCGCGGCCGCGGGGCUGCACCGCUACCUACGCGACUUCUGCGGCUGCCAUGUGGCCUGGUCGGGCUCGCAGCUGCGCCUGCCGCAGCCGCUGCCCGCAGUGCCGGAGGUGCUGACCGAGGCCACGCCCAACAGGUACCGCUAUUACCAGAAUGUGUGCACGCACAGCUACUCCUUCGUGUGGUGGGACUGGGCCCGCUGGGAGCGGGAGAUCGACUGGAUGGCGUUGAACGGCAUCAACCUCGCACUGGCCUGGAAUGGCCAGGAGGCCAUCUGGCAGCGGGUGUACCUGGCCUUGGGCAUGACCCAGUCAGAGAUCGAUGAGUACUUCACUGGUCCUGCCUUCCUGGCCUGGGGGCGCAUGGGCAACCUCCACACCUGGGAUGGCCCCUUGACCCGCUCCUGGCACCUCAAGCAGCUUUACCUGCAGCAUCGGAUCCUCGACCGGAUGCGCUCCUUUGGCAUGAUCCCGGUAUUGCCUGCCUUCGCUGGGCAUGUCCCCAAGGCUAUCACCAGGGUGUUCCCUCAGGUCAAUGUCACCCAGCUGGGCAGUUGGGGACACUUCAACUGCUCCUACUCCUGCUCCUUCCUCCUGGCUCCAGAAGACCCCCUAUUCCCCGUUGUGGGGAGCCUCUUCCUGCGGGAGCUGACCAAAGAGUUUGGCACGGAUCACAUCUAUGGGGCCGACACUUUCAACGAGAUGCAGCCCCCUUCCUCGGAGCCCGCCUACCUCGCUGCAGCCACAGCUGCUGUCUACCAGGCCAUGACUGCAGUGGACCCUGAUGCUGUGUGGCUGCUCCAAGGCUGGCUCUUCCAUCACCAGCGCACCUUCUGGGGGCCCGCCCAGGUCGGGGCUGUGCUGGGGGCGGUGCCCCGUGGCCGCCUCCUGGUUCUGGACCUGUUUGCAGAGAGCCAGCCCAUGUAUAUCCGCACAGCCUCGUUCCAGGGCCAGCCCUUCAUCUGGUGCAUGCUGCAUAACUUCGGGGGCAACCAUGGCCUGUUCGGGGCCCUGGAGGCUGUGAAUCGAGGCCCUGCGGCUGCCCGCCUCUUCCCCAACUCCACCAUGGUAGGCACGGGCAUGACUCCUGAGGGCAUUGGCCAGAACGAAGUGGUCUAUGCCCUCAUGGCUGAGCUGGGCUGGCGGAAGGACCCAGUGGCAGAUUUGGAGGCCUGGGUGACCAGCUUUGCAGCCCGGCGGUACGGGGUCUCCCACAAGGACGCAGAGACAGCAUGGAAGCUGCUUCUCAGGAGUGUCUACAACUGCUCGGCCGAGGCCUACAGUGGGCACAAUCAGAGCCCACUGGUCAAGCGGCCAUCCCUGCAGAUGGGUACCACUGUCUGGUACAACCGAUCAGAUGUGUUUGAGGCCUGGUGGCUGCUGCUGACAGCUGCUCCCGCCCUGGCCAGCAGCCCAGCCUUCCUCUACGACCUGGUGGAUGUCACUCGCCAGGCAGCCCAGGAGCUGAUCAGCUUGUAUUAUGAGGAGGCGAGGACCGCCUACCUGAACAAGGAGCUGGUUCCCCUGUUGAGGGCAGGAGGCAUCCUGGCCUAUGAGCUUCUGCCGGCACUGGACAAGGUGCUAGCUAGUGACAGCCACUUCCUGCUGGGCAGCUGGCUGAAGCAGGCCCGGGAGAUGGCGGUCAGUGAGGCUGAGGCCCAUUUCUAUGAACAGAACAGUCGCUACCAGCUGACCCUGUGGGGGCCCGAGGGCAACAUCCUAGACUACGCCAACAAGCAGCUGGCGGGCCUGGUGGCUGACUACUACACGCCCCGCUGGCAGCUCUUUGUGGAGAUGCUGGUUCAGAGCCUGGCCCAAGGCGUCCCCUUCCAACAGCAACAGUUUGACAAGAACGCCUUCGAGUUGGAGGAGGCCUUUGUCCUCAGCACACGGAGAUAUCCUAGCCAGCCCCAAGGUGACACCGUGGACCUGGCCAAGAAGUUCUUUCUCAAAUAUUACCCCCGGUGGGUGGCUGGCUCUUUGUGACAGAUUGACCACCCCUGGGCCAUGUUCUCCCCAGACGCCAACUCCAGGCCUGGGCAGGUUCUCGGGGCCUAGAGCUGGACAGGCAUCACAGAAGGUCCCAGGCCUAGGUGAAAGAACUCAAGACCUACUUGGUGGGAUCCGGCAUGGGUGGACCAUGCGGAGGGAGAUAAACUGCCCCCCCCCCCCGGCAAAGUUUGGGAUCAAAGUACUGUUUUAAUACGCGUUAAUAAACUGAUGAAUCACCUGGGUCUGUCUGUCAGAAUGUCACUGCCACAAUGCCUGGGAGGACUCAGGGCAAUAGCGUGGACACUGGUGUGGGGCCAGUUUUCCCUGCCCCUUUGCCUCAGCCUCCCCAUUUUUUUGAUUGGCAUCUGAGCUAACAACUGUUACCAAUCUUUUUUUUUUCUGCUUUUUUCUCCCCAAAGCCU